CCUGUUGACAGAAACGAGAAGCAGCCUCUCGGCGAGAGCAAAAAAAGGAAAAAAAAAAAGAAAAAUGAACCAGAUCGAGGCCGAGGCUUUUCGCGGAGCGAAAGAAACGCAAAACGGGAAGAAAAAGGGACGAGAGCUGAAGAGCUUGAAGGACGAGACCCGGUUUGGAGAGAGAAUGAGGGGGCGCACGCGAGAAGCACGGUGAGCAAGAGGAAUCGGUAGGGAAAGAUCGUGUGCACGCACGCACGCACACACACACACAUACACAAACACAGUGAGCGCGAGAGCGAAUAUACGUCCCACGCCGGGCGACACACCGAGAGAAAAGUAGGGAGGCGUUCUCCAGGCAAAAGAGCCGUGGCUCGCGUACGUCGUGGCAAUGGUAGUGACGGAGAGCAUCGGUGUGUACCGUGUGUGGUCACUAGGGCCAGCCAGCCAUCGUCGAUGCCACAUCGACUCGCGGUACCGGAUCGAGAACGUCGGAACGAAUCUUUCCUCGAAUCGGCGCGUUCUGCCGCACCAGUUACACGCGUUCUCACCAUCGAAACACGGACGACUGAUAAUCGAGAAACAGAGAGACAGAGAGCCGAGUGAAGGAGAAAAGGAGAACAAGAAAAAAAAGAGUGUGUACGAUCGUCGUUGGUAUACAAGAGACCCGGAGCAUUCCGAGGACGAAGAGGAACGAACGAGGUUUGCAAACGAGGCCGGUCGCGGCGAGAAGCGUCAGUCCGGCUCGAGGGAUCGGCGAGUCGCGUGUUCCCUAUCGCGAUAGAAAGUAAACACAUUUGUACACACCUUACGAACCGUUCUUUUCCUUCUUCCUCUCUCGUGUUUUUUUUUUUUACAGUGCGCGACGCGUGUUCACCUUUCUCGAAGUUUACCUUUCCGACUCGUUGUUCUCGUGUGUCUCGAUUCGCAUGAACGAUCGGUGAUCGAAAGCGAGGCGAAAUGACGAUAAACAGGAAGAAGAACGAAAGGGGCAAGGGGGCGUCGAAGGAAGUCGCCGCGACAUCCUCCAGUUCCUCGAACGCGACGACCGUCGAGGUAGUGUCGUCGACGAGCGUGCUCGAGGAGGCGACGCAGGUCACGGAGAGCGAGUCGAGGAGCAACGUGGUCGAGGUGACCAGCGCUAGUCGCGAGGUUAUCAUGGAUUCGAAGGGUAACGUCAUCAAGGUCAUCGAAUCGACCCCGCAGACCGUGAGCCAAGCCUACAGGACGACCGUGGGCAAGAGUUCUCAGGACUUUAUAGCGGAGGAGCAGACGCAGUCGGUCAACAAACAGGGCAAAACUGUACGCGACAGCCCGCGGAAGGUCGUCGAGGUGUGCACGGACGAGCAUCGAGGAGGAACGUCAGCGGAACAAGUCAGAUCAUCGGCAGAGACGCAGAGUCGCAGCGAGACCGUACAGAAAUCGAUAUCGUCCUCGAUGGUCGUGGAGACGUCCUCGUCCUCGACGGGCGAUUACUACGAUCGUCUGUCGAAGACGACGACAACAUCCAACGGAGACCACGUUCCCAGAGUGCAGACGACGUCCAAGUCGUACGAGAGCAGGCAAGCCAGCAAAGAAACGUACGAGGAGACGACGAAGGACGGGCAGACGAUCGCCAACAUCUCGAGGAUCCACGAGUCGGGUGAGAAGCUGGACGACAAUGGGAGAAUAACGGCCACCCAGUGUCGCAGCGUCGACAACGAGACCACGGUUGUACCCUCGGACAAGGUCGUCGUCCUCGACUCAUCCUCGAGCACCGCGAACGGCAACGUGAAAACGGAGAGGAUCAGCGAACGAUGCAACAAGCCGGGCCAGUCCGCGUGGGACGGCACGUUUGUCAGCGAGAUUAGCACGGCCAGAGACAAGAGCGUCGAUGCACGACGAAGGGCGACGACCGGGACAGGUCUCGACACGGCGAAAGUAGAUCGCAUGGUUUCCAAAGGCAGCACAGAGGCGAGCGUGUCGAGCGUUGAAAUCUCCGAGAGUUCGUUCGUCGAUCAGCGUUCGUCGUCGACGGUGAUACAGGACUCGAAGAUCGUCGAGGGCCGAUCAUCGUCGACCGUUGACACGAUCGACCUAGCCGGAGGACAGAGGCAGUACACAACUUCGAAGGUACAUUCGAAAGAUUCGACUAGGUACGCGAAGCCUGGAGAGUCCGCGUGGGACGGCACGUUCGUGAUCGAGAGAACGCCGGAACCUAGGAAAAGAAACGCGUCCGAUGCCUCCGUUUUCCAUCACCCAGGCGGCGACGACGUCGUGGAGUCGACGCAGAGAACGGAUUUCAGGGAACGAAGUACCGACGGUUCUUACGAGAGGAAAUCUUCGAACGUGGUUCACGUGGUGCACGGUGGUACCGACAGCUCGAGGUUCGUCUCGGAGGAACGCAGAGACGUCACGCAGGAGAUUUACAUCGACGGUAGACCCGCUGGCAAAACAGUGGAGGUCCUCGGCGACAGGAAAGUCACGAGACCCGGAGACUCGGCGUGGAACGGACGAUUCGUACAGGAAAAGCCGCAGGAUGGUAAGAAAUCGAUGGCGUCGACCGGCGAGAAAACGGUCGUUAGAACGAGCGCGAAGAAGCACGAUUCCGUGGACGUGCAGGACGUCACGGAGGAGCAGAACGUCUCCAGCACGUCGGAGUCCGUCUCGUCUUCGUACAUCGUGGAAUACGCCACGUCCACCGACGAGAAGACGAAAAAGAAGACCACCGAGAAGGUGACCUCUGUCUCCGAGACCAUCGCGGAGGAAGAUUCCGGGGAAUCGGUGAAACGAGACGUCACGUCGCGGUGUUACAAACCUGGCCAGUCCACGUGGGACGGCAGCUUCGUUUACGAAAAGCCGCCAGUUCCAGAACGCCGUGGGAAAUUGUCUUCUACGGACGCGCGACGAUCGACGACCGAUUCCGUCGUCAUUCGGGACGUGACGGAGGACAAUUCGAUAAACGAGGCGGAAGUCUCGACGGCGUCCUACGUGGUGGAACAUUCGUCCAGCCAGCAGAGCUUCACCGACAUCAGGGACUCGAGCUUGUCGUCCGUGCACGAGAUGAUCGUCUACGACGUGCAGCCUGCGCGCCAAGACCAGGGUCCAUCGAGCAGUCGGGCGUCGACUAGGCCAGCAACCCCGGAGAAAACACCAAAAACGAGAGACGCCAGAGUCGUCGCGAAGCCCGGCUCGUCCACUUGGGACGGAACUUUUGUCAUAGAGAGAUCGCCGGAAACGAAGAGACCAGCUAGCAGAGAGGCAGAUAAAGCUCGACCGGAACCAAGGGACAGUCCCGUACCAAAAUCGAGAAAGCACGUCGGCGAAGGCACGUUGGACAUUCGCGAUACUUCUCAGCGAGUAACCGCCAGUUCAGAUACAUCGGUCGUAAUGGAGCAGUCUACCGUUCGCGAGAGUCACACCACUGAUUCCACGAAUUUGGAUUACUCCACGAGCUCCGUCGAGACGGUGAUCGUUCGUAACGGCGUUCCAACGACGGUGCAAAAGUCCGUGACGAUCGAGGAAAGGGCCAAGAGCCCCGAGAAGAAGCUGCCACCGGAACAGAAACUGCCAGUAGACUCGAAGUCGCCUGACAAACGUCUUCCGAAGAUCGACAGCUCUGCCAGACCGUCUAAACCAGGUGCCUCGACGUGGGACGGUUCGUUUGUCCGUGAAAAACCGGUGGGAAAGCCUACCGAUAAGAAACCAUCGACAGACGUCGCGAGUCGCCCUUCAACGUCGCCAGCGGAUGGCAGGAAAUUACCAGAGGACACGAAAUCGACUUACGUUACUGAAAAGUCCAUCACCCUGUCGGACACAUCGACGGAGAGCUCCGAAUUUCUCACUUGUCACUCGACGACGCUCGAGCGUACUCUCGUUUCAGAUUCCGAGGCCUUCGAGGUCUCUGCGACGACAGUUCGCGAAGUCGACGACGAGAAACGUGGCACAGAUCUCGGGAAAGGACCUCGAGGUGAUGUUCCCCGAUUGUCACGACCUGACGACGCAAGAGAGUCCCCUGAUAAGCGUCCUAAAAGCCCCGAGAAGAGCUCCGUGAGACCGACUAAACCGGGCGAGUCGACCUGGGAUGGUUCGUUCGUACACGAGAAGCCGCAAGAUCGAAAGAGACCCAGAGAGUCUCCUGCGAGGGACGAGCCCAAUGACGAAUCAAGUCCUCUCUUGAAGGACGAUACCACGAAAAUUUCAGUCGUGAAACACGACGUGACCGACGUGAAGGACGUGAUUCAGGAGUCCUCCUACGUGAUCGAUCAGUCGACGAGAUUCACCUCGGUGCAGGACGUCCGCGAGGUGGCAGAGGAGCGUGUCAUCAGCGAAUUUACAAUAGACACGAGCAAAGACGUGAGAGAUGUCACUGGGUCAUCAACGGUCGAGCUCAUCGACAAAGAGCAGGUGACUAGUAUGGUAGCGCGGGAUGUCGUCGACGACGCCAAGUUCGACGGGUUCGUCACAUCGACGCCCAAGUCGCCAGCCGGCCUAUCGCCGCGGAAAGAGUCGCCGGAAGAACGACCUGGUUACCCGCGUGGGAUCCCCGGAUUGCGGGAGGACGAUCGACCAAAACCGAUUCCAGCCGCUGGGAAGCCUAGCCGGCCACCGCAACGGGAACAGAGAUAUACUGGCGCCAGGCCACAAUCUCCAGGGAAGACUCGCGACUAUGUAUCCCCGGCAGGAAAACCAUCACCCGCGGCAGAGAAACUAAGUCGCACCGAGGAGAGACCUGGCAAGGUACCACGUGCCGACGAGACGACGCCAAGUGCCGACAAGCCUACACGACCCGGCGAGAAACCAAAGAGACCUGAGAAACCGGACGAAAGACCAGCAGCUGGAAAACCAAGCCGACCGGAGGAUAAACCGAGAAAACCCGAUGACAAACCGAGGAGAGGAGAUCAGUCGCCUGACUCCCUCGAAGAGGACGAUGUCCAGCCUGGAAAAUUACCCGAUAUACUGUCCAAGAUCCCUUUGAAGGAGCAAUGCAUCUGCGAGCUCUGCACUUGCGGACGACAUCGUUGUCCCCACAACCUGCCGCAAGAUCACCUCGAGAUCCCCCGGGACGAGCCGGUGCACGCGGUCACCUCGUAUCGCGAGGAGUUCGACGAGAAACGCGUCGACCGGCAAACGGUGUACCAUCAUGAGGACCACCUUCGGAUGGAAGGUGAGUUCAUCGGCGAAAGGCGGACAGACUACGCGGCGACGAGAGGCGAGAGGGCGCCGACGAGGAAACCGCAGGACAAUCUGAAACCGGAGGGUGAGUUUACCGGCAGACCCAAGGAGGAAGCGCCGAAAUAUGGAGACCAAGCUCCCGUCAGAAGACCGCAGGACAAUCUCAGACCGGAGGGGGACUUUGACACCACGACCACCACGGAGCUGGUGUUCACCGGUAUUCCCGGCGAACGGCCAAGCCCGGUGCGCCGCAACACCUACACGAAGAUCGAGGGCGAGUUCAUCGACGCGACCACCACCAGAUCCGAGUACGUCGAUCAUCGAACCGUUCAACGCGCCGAGAUCAUCAAACGUACGGAUAACCUCACGGUGGGAGAGGGUGAAUUCACGGGUGCCUCUCAUCUCAAGGAGGAUUUUCACACGUACGACAUCGUGGAGAGGGAGCCUCGGCGACGAAUCACCUACACCGACGACGAGGAUGACCGAUUCUACAGCAAGACCGAUAUCGUGGAAAGCACGACGACGAGCCAAGAACAGUACCGUAGCUUCGAUCAGACUGAUUACAGAAGCACCGCCGUGAUCAGACGGGGCGACAAUUUGAGGCCGGAAGGGCCGUUCGAAGGAGUGCCUCACACCAAGGACGACUACGUUGUGCCAGCGAUCACCAGGAGACCGGAGCCACAGAAACCCAAGGACAAUUUGCGGCCGGAGGGGCCGUUCGAGGCGAGACCGAAGGACGAUUACAAACCGACCAGAGGCGAGAGAGCCGACGUGAAGAGGCCUCAAGAUAAUCUGAGGCCGGAAGGACCCUUCGAAGGACGUCCAAAGGACGAUUAUAAACCGACCAGAGGNGACAGAGCUGAUGUUAAGAGGCCUGAAGAUAAUUUGAGACCGGAAGGACCCUUCGAAGGACGACCCAAGGACGAUUAUAAACCGACUAGAGGUGACAGAGCCGAUGUUAAGAGGCCUGAAGACAAUCUGAGACCAGAGGGACCGUUCGAAGGACGUCCAAAGGACGAUUUCUUACCGAAAACAGCGGAAAGACCAGAAGUCAGGAAGCCUCAAGAUAAUUUGAGACCGGAAGGACCAUUCGAAGGACGACCCAAGGACGAUUAUAAACCGACCAGAGGUGACAGAGCUGACGUUAAGAGACCUGAAGAUAAUUUGAGACCAGAGGGACCGUUCGAGGGACGUCCAAAGGACGAUUUCUUACCGAAAACAGCGGAAAGACCAGAAGUAAGGAAGCCUCAAGAUAAUUUGAGACCGGAAGGACCAUUCGAAGGACGACCCAAGGACGAUUAUAAACCGACCAGAGGCGACAGAGCUGACGUUAAGAGGCUUGAAGAUAAUUUGAGACCGGAAGGACCCUUCGAAGGACGCCCCAAGGACGAUUAUAAACCGACUAGAGGUGACAGAGCUGAUGUUAAGAGGCCUGAAGACAAUUUGAGACCAGAGGGACCGUUCGAAGGACGUCCAAAGGACGAUUUCUUACCGAAAACCGCGGAAAGACCAGAAGUGAGGAAGCCUCAAGAUAAUUUGAGACCGGAAGGACUCUUCGAAGGACGUCCCAAGGACGAUUAUAAACCAACCAGAGGCGACAGAGCUGAUGUUAAGAGGCCUGAGGACAAUCUGAGACCAGAGGGACCGUUCGAAGGACGUCCAAAGGACGAUUUCUUACCGAAAACAGCGGAAAGACCAGAAGUGAGGAAGCCUCAAGAUAAUUUGAGACCGGAAGGACCGUUUGAAGGACGUCCCAAGGACGAUUUUACACCGAAACGAGCUGAAAGACCGGAAGUUCGACGACCCGAGGAUAAUCUAAGACCGGAGGGACCGUUCGAGGCAAGGCCCAAGGACGAUUAUAAGCCAACGAGAGGAGAAAGGGCCGAUGUGAAACGUCCCGAGGACAAUCUGAGACCCGAAGGACCAUUCGAGGGUCGACCUAAAGACGACUUUAUGCCGAAAACGGCGGAGAGGCCGGAAGUGAGGAAGCCACAGGACAAUCUGAGACCGGAGGGUCCAUUCGAGGGUCGUCCGAAGCACGAUUUCACACCGAAAACUGCCGAACGACUCGAGGUCAAACGACCGCAGGACAAUCUUAGACCCGAAGGACAGUUCGAGGACCGUCCCAGGGAUGAAUACACGCCCGGUGAGAGACGUACACCGAUCAGACAUCCGGAUAACUUGUACCCCGAAGGAGAAUUCGAUAGGCCGAGGCACGUGCCGUAUGGGCCCGGCGAACGAGCGCCGAUUGUGCGACAUCCGGACAAUCUGUUCCCCGAGGGCGACUUUCCAGACAGGGAACGUGCUCCGUUCAUGCCAGCGGAACGGAGAACGCCCAUCAAACACGACGACAACCUCCGUCCCGAAGGACCGUUCGAAGGUAGGCCGAAGGAUGAUUUUACGCCGAAAACUGCGGAAAGACCAGAAGUAAGGAAGCCUCAAGAUAAUUUGAGACCAGAAGGACCGUUCGAAGGUCGUCCUAAGGACGACUACACACCAACCAGAGGAGAAAGAGCCGAUGUGAAGAGGCCUGAAGACAAUCUGAGACCAGAGGGACCGUUCGAAGGACGUCCAAAGGACGAUUUCUUACCGAAAACAGCGGAGAGACCAGAAGUGAGGAAGCCUCAAGAUAAUUUGAGACCGGAAGGACCGUUCGAAGGACGUCCCAAGGACGAUUAUAAACCGACUAGAGGUGACAGAGCCGAUGUAAAGAAACCUGAAGACAAUCUGAGACCAGAGGGACCGUUCGAGGGACGUCCAAAGGACGAUUUCUUACCGAAGAUCGCUGAACGUCCGGAAGUGAAGAGACCUCAGGAUAAUCUGAGACCGGAAGGGCCGUUCGAAGGUCGUCCUAAAGAUGAUUACACACCAACCAGAGGAGAAAGAGCCGAUGUGAAGAGGCCUGAAGACAAUCUGAGACCAGAGGGACCGUUCGAGGGACGUCCAAAGGACGAUUUCUUACCGAAAACAGCGGAGAGACCAGAAGUGAGGAAGCCUCAAGAUAAUUUGAGACCGGAAGGACCGUUCGAAGGACGUCCCAAGGACGAUUAUAAACCGACCAGAGGUGACAGAGCCGAUGUAAAGAAACCUGAAGACAAUCUGAGACCAGAGGGACCGUUCGAGGGACGUCCAAAGGACGAUUUCUUACCAAAGAUCGCCGAACGUCCCGAGAUUCGAAGGCCGCAGGACAAUCUGUAUCCAGAGGGUGAAUUCGACGUACCGGAAAAGGCCGCGGUUGGCCCGGCAGAGAGACGUACACCGAUCAAACAUCCGGACAACCUCAGAUCCGAGGGUGAGCUCGUCAUCAGGCCCAAGGACGAUUUCACGCCUGGCAAAGGCGACAGAGCGGUCGUCAAGAAGCCCGAGGACAAUCUGAGACCGGAGGGACCGUUCGAAGGCCGUCCCAAGGACGAUUACCAGCCGUUCGUUCGCGGCGAGCGUGCGGACGUUGUCAGACGCGCCGACAACCUUCGAAUGGAAGGCAACAUCGAGACUUACAGGUCGCGCGACGAAUACACGGAGUUCCUGAUUCGCGAGAGAGCAGACGUGACGAGGUACGAGGACAAUUUGCGGAUGGAGGGGGAGUUCGUCGACGCUCGUACGAGGGACGAUUUCAAAGUGGUGAGAGGCGAGAGGGUGGACGUGGUGAGGCAUCCGGAUAACCUGCGGCCGGAGGGGCCGUUCGAAGGUCGACCGAAGGACGACUACUCUCCCAAGAGAGCAGAAAGGCCGGAAGUAAAGAGACCGAAGGACAAUCUGCAGCCGGAAGGUGAGUUCGAGAGGCCGGAGAAGAUACCAGUCGGCCCCGGCGAGAGGAGGAGCCCAAUCAGACACGCGGACAACUUGAAGCCAGAGGGAGAAUUCGAGAGGCCGGUACCGGGCGAGUUCAAGCCCGCCGAGAGGCCGAUCGUCAAGAAACCUGUGGACAAUUUGAAGCCGGAGGGUGACUUCUUCGGUCGGCCGAAAGAGGAAGCGCCGCGAAAGGGCGAGAGAGCGGACGUGAGCAGGCCGAGAGACAAUUUGUAUCUGGAAGGAGAGUUCGAGGUUCCGGAGAAGAGACCGGUUGGCCCGGCCGAGAGGAGGACGCCGAUCAAACACCCGGAUAAUCUUCGCACGGAGGGUGACUUCGAGCGGCCGCAGCCCGAGGAAUUCAAGCCUGCCGAGAGACCAGUGGCCAAGAGACCUUUGGACAAUCUGAGACCCGAGGGAGAGUUCGUCGGAAGGCCGAGAGAGGAGGCGCCGACGAGAGGGGUGAGAGCCGACGUGAAGAGGCCGGAGGACAAUCUGAGGCCGGAGGGCGCUUUCGAGAGACCGGAGAAGAAACCGUUGGGCCCCGCCGAGAAGAGAACACCGAUCAAACAUCCGGACAACUUGAAGCCUGAAGGUGACUUUGUCGGAAGGCCGAAGGAGGAAGCGCCCAAACGCGGGGAACGAGCCGACGUUAAGAGGCCGCAGGACAAUUUGUAUCCGGAGGGUGAGUUCACCAAGCCGGAGAGGUCUCCGGUGAUACCUGCCGAGAAGAGGACUCCCAUCAAGCACCCCGACAACUUGAAGCCGGAAGGAGAGUUCGUCGGAAGGCCGAAGGACGAUUACAAGCCGACGAGGGGCGAACGCGCCGACGUGAGGAGACCCGAGGACAAUCUGAAGCCCGAGGGACCGUUCGAGGGCCGUCCCAAGGACGAUUUCGUCGUUGUCCGCGGCGAACGGGCGGACGUGGUGAAACGCAGCGACAAUCUGCGAAUGGAGGGGAGCAUGGAGACUUACAGAUCGCGGGACGAGUACGCGGAGUUUUUGAUCCGCGAGAGAGCCGAGGUGACGAGGUACGAGGACAACCUGCGCAUGGAGGGCGAGUUCACCGAUGUCCGAACGCGUGACGACUUCAAGGUGGUGAGGGGGGAGCGCGUGGACGUGGUGAAACAUCCGGACAAUCUGAGGCCGGAGGGUCCGUUCGAGGCCCGGCCGAAGGACGACUACUCGCCGAAGAAGGCGGAGAGGCCCGAGAUGAGGAGACCAGAGGACAACCUGAGACCCGAGGGAGAGUUCGAGAGGCCGGAGAAGAGACCCGUCGGCCCGGCGGAGAGACGUUCGCCGAUAAAGCACGACGACAAUCUGAAGCCCGAGGGCGAGUUUGUCGGCCGUCCGAAGGAGCAGGCGCCAACCAGGGGCGAGAGAGCCGACGUGAAGAAGCCGAAGGACAAUCUGAAGCAAGAGGGCACGUUCGAGAGACCGGAGAAGAAAUCGUUUGGCCCCGCCGAGAAGAGAACACCGAUCAAGCAUCCGGACAACUUGAAGCCUGAAGGUGACUUUGUCGGAAGGCCGAAGGAGGAAGCGCCCAAACGCGGGGAACGAGCCGACGUUAAGAGGCCGCAGGGCAAUUUGUAUCCGGAGGGUGAGUUCACCAAGCCGGAGAGGUCUCCGGUGAUACCUGCCGAGAAGAGGACUCCCAUCAAGCACCCCGACAACUUGAAGCCGGAAGGAGAGUUCGUCGGAAGGCCGAAGGACGAUUACAAGCCGACGAGGGGCGAGAGAACGGAGAUAGUUGUGCACAGAGAUAACCUGAGAAUGGAGGGCGACAUGGACGUGCGUCGUUCGAGAGACGAUUACAAGACGAUCGUCAAGAUCGAAAGGGCGGACGUGGUUCGCCGUGAGGACAACCUACGGAUGGAGGGCGAGUUCGUCGACGUUCGAAGACGAGACGACUACACCGUGACGCGCGGCGAGCGCAGCGAGAUUGUCAGGCACGAGGACAAUCUGAGACCGGAGGGAGAGUUUGAAAGACCGGAGACUUCGCCCGUUGGCCCGGCGGAGAGAAGAUCACCGAUCAAACAUCCGGACAACCUGAAGCCCGAGGGCCAGUUCGCUCAGCGUCCGAAACUUCCUGCGCCGACCAAGGGCGAGAGAGCGCCGGUUAAGAAGCCGCGAGACAACCUGAAGCCGGAAGGAGACUUCGAGAGGCCGGAGAAGUCGGCCGUUGGCCCCGCGGAGAGACGAACGCCGAUCAAACAUCCCGACAACCUGCAUCCUGAAGGAGAAUUCGCCGGAAGACCGAGGCAAGACGCGCCCACUAAAGGCGAACGAGCCGACGUGAGGAAGCCGAAGGAUAACCUGCACCCCGAGGGCGAGUUCGCCAAGCGAACGCCUCAGAAGGUCGGCCCGGCUGAGAGGCGCGCUCCGAUUCGCCACGAGGACAACCUCCACCUCGAGGGCGACUUGCACGUGGUGCCGAAGGACGAUUUCACGCCGAAGAGGGGCGAGCGAGCGCCGGUGAGGAAGCCUCAGGAUAAUCUGAGGCCAGAGGGCGAGAUGGAGGUCAGUCCGUCGUCCAAGGACGAUUACAGGCACGUGAACGGAGAACGAGCGGAGGUGCGUCGACACGAGGAUCACCUGCGAAUGGAGGGGGAGAUGAACGUUCGUAGGUCCAGAGACGAUUACCAGAAGAUCACGAAAGUGGAGAGAGCGAGCGUUCGCAGGCACGAGGACAAUCUGAAGAUCGAAGGGGAGUUUAUCGACGUGCGCAGGAAGGACGACUACGUGCGCGUGGUUGGCGAACGCGCGCCCGUCAAGAAGCAUCCUGACAACCUUCGUCCCGAGGGGGAGUUCGAGAAGCCGUGGAUGUCUUCUCUGGGACCAGGCGAGAGACGCUCGCCCAUUAAACACCCGGACAAUCUGAAACCGGAGGGUGAGUUCGAGCGUAGAACGCCGGAGAAGCCGGUCGGCCCCGUGGAGCGUAGAUCACCGAUUCGCCACGUGGACAAUCUGAGACCGGAGGGCGAUUUCGUUGGAAGACCGCGCGACGAUUUCGCGCCGAAGAGAGGCGAAAGAGCGGAGGUGGUUCGUCGUGAGGACAAUCUGAGGAUGAGCGGCGAGUUUCAGGACGCCACCUCGCAGAGAUCCACGUACACGGUGGUGCGCGGGGAACGGGCGGAGACGAAGCGCCACGAGGACAACUUGAGAGUGAGCGCCGACGUCAUGGAAACGAAGACGACGUCCAGAGACACGUUCACGCCGACCAGGAAGGAAGACUCACCGACUGGCAGAGCCGUGAAUCGCCGACGCCACAUGGAGUCCUCGAUCACGUUGGGCGACGACGUUUCUACCAUGUCCACGACUACUCAGAGGAACUACAACACCUUCACCAAACGCACUGCCAAGGAGGUGGCCGCCAAGAUGAGCAGCAUGGAGACGGAGACUAGAAGAGGCGAGUCGAGGACGUUGGAGAACGGGACGACGAUCACGAGCGCGAGGAAAACGACCGGGGAGAGGAUCUCGUCGGCUCAGAAUGUUCAGCGCGCGACAACGGAGUACCAGCCGGACUCUGGAAAGUCGUUGACCACUUUGAAUCAGCAGUACGUAACGAGCGAGCAUCAACAAAGGGCGCGUUCGAGCGAGAGGCACUCGAGAUCGCAGAACGUGACUCAAACGCGGCAGAUUGAAAAGCACCAGCAGGAAACGAGCAGAAGGGACUACGUGAACACUCAGCACAUCGAGUCUCGGCAGAGCGCGACCCAGAGACACAAGCAGCAUCACCACGAGGAGCGCACCGUAUCCAGCCAAGCUCGCUACAAUUCCAGCCAGACGAGCAGCGCCGAGUUCAGGCAAGCGAUCACCGGACAAUCGACGGAGAAGUUGCACGUGCACGACGCUGCUCCGACGAAAACCAGCCACCACAGAAAGAACGUGAUCUCGUCGUCGUCGGCGGACGUUGCCAACUCGGUUCUCCACAGACGCAGAACCACCUCGUCCACGGAGGCGCUCCACACGAUUUCAUCCACCGCCGCCGAUCAGAAGAAGAGCAUCUCGAAUCUGGCGGAGAGUGGCCAGUACAUCAGCAACUCGAGCCAGAGCAGCGACCGGCGCAGCCUCACCUCUCUGCACCGCAGCGCCAAAGAGGGUGGGAAUCCUUGGGCAUCGUCGACCUACGAACGCCCCCAGAGAAUCGUCCGGCAUGACAAUCUGACGGUCGGCGGCAAGUUCUACUCGCACAGCGAGGCGAAGAACUAUGGCAACUUUGCCAGCCAGAGGGUGGAGAGAGUUCAGAGACAGGCGAACGUGUCGCACAUCAGCUUAGGCGACGGAAGCACCGUCACAUCGAGCAUGUACAAGAAGGAGUACGCGCCUAAGCACAGGGGACCUUGUCCCGCGGCGCUCAUCGAGGCGAAACAAGCCCCUUUCAAGCACACCAGAGACACGCCCAAGCACAAGUUCUAUAUGCCCGUCGUUUCUAAUUGAUGCGAGUUAUUCCCCUUUCGGCGUCGAGGUUAGGAAUAUGGAGGACAGGGAACUACUACCCGAGAUAUUUACUCACGUUUCUUUUCGUUUCUUUUCGCGAGGUUUCUUUAAAAUACAUUUCUUUUUUCUUUUUCUUUUGUUUGUAAUGUGUGUAUGCUGCUGGUCGGAGAUUUGGAAUCGUAAGUUCAAGGAGGAAAUUUUGUGCCUUCUUUUGAAUAUAAUACGCUACUGGUCGGAGAUUUUGGUUUUGUCAAUUUGAGACGAGAAACUUUGCGCUUUCUUUUGGAUAUAGUACACAAUUAUAGUACAGAAACUUUCGCUUUCUUUUGGAUAUAGUACACUACAUUAAUUAUAGUACACUAUGUUAAUUUUUAGUACAGAAAUUUUUCGCUUUCUUUUGAAUAGAGUGAAUUAUUGGUCGAAGAUUUGGAAUUGUUAAUUUAAGAAUUUCGACAAACUUUGCGCUUUCUUUUGGAUAUAGUACACUACAUUGAUUAUAGUACACUAUGUUAAUUUUUAGUACAGAAAUUUUUCGCUUUCUUUUGAAUAGAGUAAAUUAUUGGUCGAAGAUUUGGAAUCGUUAAUUUAAGAAUUGCGAUAAAUUUUGCGCUCUCUUUUGAACAUAGUACACUAUAUUAAUUAUAGUACACUAUGUUAAUUAUAGCACAGAAAUUUUUCGUUUUCUUUUGGAUACAGUGAACUAUUGGUCGAAGAUUUGGAAUCGUUAAUUUAAGAAUUUCGAUAAAUUUUGCGCUUUCUUUUGGAUAUAGUACACUAUAUUAAUUAUAGUAUACUAUAUUAAUUAUAGUACACUAUGUUAAUUAUAGUACACUAUGUUAAUCAUAGCACAGAAAUUUUGUGCUUUCCUUUAAAUACAAUGAACUAUUGGUCGAAGAUUUGGAAUCGUUAAUUUAAGAAUUUCGACAAAUUUUGCGCUUUCUUUUGGACACAGUGUACGCUGUUUAAAUUACGUCAAAGAUUUGGAUUUAUUAAUCUGAGAAUUUCGAGAAAAAUUCUGCGGAAAAUCUCUUUUGGAUACAGUGUACACUGUUGGUGUCGAAGAUUUGGACUUAAUUUAGAAUUUCGAGAAAGAUGAAUAAAAAUACAAAGUGCAGAGUGUAGAUACGUAACGCAGAAAUAUGGACACGUAAUUAAGGAAACGCGUAACUCCGAGAAAUUCUUGAUCAAUUUUAAGGUCUAUAUCCUGAACCGAGCACGAAAGUUCGUUGGACGACGUCUCGAACGAAAUUAGGUCUAAGCUAAAUUGCGGGCUGUGAUGAACUCGUGUCGUUCGAUAUUUAUUUCACCUAGGAGAAUCUCUCUGGGUGUUCGUUUCGUCGGGACGAAAAGGAUAACGAGAUACGGGACUGUGUGAACCACAUAUACAUACAUGUAUAAAAGUACACUUGUAUGCGUAUAAACAUAUACAUACACAUUAUAUAAAUAUACCUACCCACAC